GGAAGUGGGCAGAGCGAACAGAGGGGCUCGUGCACUCCGCCUGGAAUCUCAUCUUUCCAGUCUGCUCAACACAACGACGUCUCCGCCUGGAUAAUAAGAGUUUAUCACCUGCACUUUCUUCAUUUUGGGCUACCGGGGGAAGAAUUCAACAGAGAUAAAGCUCCAGCUCGCAGCUAUUGUCCCCAGCUGCCAUCAAAAGUGCCCACUUUGUGUUAUGCAUGUAAUAUCUACUGAGAAAUGAGGUUGGAUUCAGUCCACUGAGAUGUUAUUGCAUGAAGAGGAUGGGUCAGAAAAGAAAAUUGCAUCGGUGAGGCAAGCAAGCCGUGCACCAGUCCUUAAAACCACCACACCUAUACCAACCGACCCAGCCAUGGCCCACUCGAACUCCUGAUUUUCCUCCCCGACCUCUGCACCUUCCCUCAGUUACAUUAGAGUCUCUCAGCCCCUCAGGUCCCUGUCUGGUCAGCAUGGCAACACCCUUCCUGUGGAAGUUGUCGUCCCAGAAGCUGGGCUUUUUCUUGGUCAGCUUUGGGUUCAUCUGGGGCAUGAUGCUGUUACAUUUCACCAUCCAACAGCGAGCUACCCAUGAAAACAGUGCUGUACUGCGGCAGCAGAUCCUGGACCUCAGCAAGCGCUACAUUAAGGCCCUGGCUGAGGAAAACCAAAGUGUUAUGGAUGGGCCAUAUGUUGGCACUAUGACUGCCUACGACUUGAAGAAGACCCUGGCAGUGUUGCUGGAUAACAUCAUGCUGAGGCUGGGCAAGCUGGAGUCCAAGGUGGAAAACAUCUACAACGGCACCGGAGGCAACCUGACCAAUGGCACCAGCACUACCACACCCAGCGCCACAAAUGCAGAAAAGGUCAACGUGGCAGACCUUCUAAAUGGAGCCCAGGAGAAGUGUGAGCUGCCGCCUUUGGAAGGUUUUCCUCACUGUGAGGGCAAGCUCAAGUGGAUGAAGGAGAUGUGGCGCUCUGACUCCUGCUAUGGCAACUAUGGCGUGGAUGGAUCCACUUGUUCCUUCUUCAUCUACCUCAGCGAGGUGGAGAACUGGUGUCCUCGCCUGCCCUGGAGGACAAAGUACCUGAAUGAAGACACAGAUAGAAGGGGACAGGCGGAGAUCCGGACGAGCUUCGAGGAGCUUUACCGGGUGAUGUCACAACGGGAGGAGUUCCGCUGGAUGAUGUUGAGGAUCAAACGCAUGGCCGAGCCGUGGGUCAGCGCCAUCCGCUCACUGGCUGCCAAGCAGAACCUAGCCAAACGACGGAGGAAGAAGAUCCUAGUGCACUUGGGGCUGUUGACCAAGGAAUCAGGCUUUAAAAUUGCAGAGAAUGCAUUCAGCGGUGGCCCGUUGGGAGAGUUGGUCCAGUGGAGCGACCUCAUAACCACGCUGUAUCUACUGGGCCACGACGUCCGCAUCUCUGCCUCCCUCGCUGAACUGAAAGAAAUAAUGCGCAAGGUGAUGGGGAACAAGUCCAGCUGCCCCACUCAGGGUGACAAAGUGGUUGAACUCAUCUACAUUGACAUAGUGGGUCUCACUCAGUUCAAGAAGACACUGGGUCCUUCGUGGGUCCACUACCAGUGCAUGUUGCGGGUACUGGAUUCAUUUGGGACCGAACCUGAGUUCAACCACGCCCACUACGCCCAGUCCAAAGGCCACAAGACGCCCUGGGGGAAGUGGAACCUCAACCCACAGCAGUUUAACACCAUGUUUCCACAUACACCAGACAACAGCUUCCUCGGCUUUGUAGUGGAGCAGCACCUCAACGCCAGCGACAUCAAGCACAUUGAUGACAUCAAGAGGCAGAACCAAUCACUCGUCUACGGCAAGGUUGACAACUUCUGGAAGGACAAGAAGAAAUACCUCGAUAUCAUCCACAGCUACACAGAGGUCCACGGCACCGUCCACGGCACCAGCACCAUCCACCUCCCCAGCUACGUCAAGAACCAUGGCAUCUUGAGCGGCCGAGACCUGCAGUUUCUGCUGCGAGAAACCAAGCUGUUUGUGGGUCUGUCUUUCCCCUACGAGGGUCCUGCCCCCCUGGAGGCCAUCGCCAAUGGCUGUGCUUUCCUCAACCCCAAAUUCAACCCACCGAAAAGCAGCAAAAACACAGACUUUUUCAAGGGCAAACCCACGCUGAGAGAGCUCACCUCCCAGCAUCCCUAUGCUGAGGUGUACAUCGGUCAACCUCAUGUCUGGACAGUGGACAUUGAUAAUUCUGCAGAAGUGGAGAGAGCCAUCCGCUCUAUACUCAGCCAAAAGAUCGAGCCCUAUUUGCCGUAUGAGUUCACCUGUGAGGGGAUGCUGCAGAGAGUCAAUGCAUUCAUUGAGAACCAGGACUUCUGUCAUGGUCAGGUCAUGUGGCCUCCCCUCGCCGCUCUGCAGGUCAAACUGGCCGACCCCGGACGCUCCUGUAAGCAGGUCUGUCAGGAGGCCCAACUCAUCUGCGAACCCUCCUUUUUCCAGCACCUCAACAAGGACAAAGACCUGGCCAGGUUCGGCGUGGACUGCCAGACAGUGGAGUCAAGCGCCGACACGGUGGUCCCGGCCUACAGCGAGACCCGUCACCACUGCAUCUUCCAGUCGGACCUCCUGCUGUUCAGCUGCGCCGGCGCCCACCAGUCACUGCGACGCAUCUGCCCCUGCCGCGACUACAUGAAGGGCCAGGUGGCGCUGUGCAAAGACUGCCUAUAGCAUCAGCACUCAGGCCGAUAGGAGGGGUGGGGUGGGGUAGAUGGAGGCUCGAGCAGGUUUGAGGGGAUGGACGGUGGUGUGAAGUCAGCGGAAUCGUGAAAGUGUGCGUGACUGAUACACACUCCAGGACUUCACCGCUGCCUGUCAGACACACACCAGACUUUUAACGACACAGACAGAAAGACGUUUACGGAUCUGUGUGUGUUGUUCAUCAUAUUUAUUGUUUUCUCUAGCUGCCGGAUGUGUAGCAGCCCUCAGACUCAUCAGCAGUGGCCGUCCUGAAAGCAGAUCCUCUGUGUGUACGUGUGUGUGGUGGCGGCAGAACAUCUGAAGGGACAGCAAUGGACCGAGGAGCCAGUAGGGUCAGACUAAAGCCCCCAUUACGCCACCCCGCCCUGCCCCCUCCCCUGCUCAAAUCUGAAACUGUUUAUUCUUUAGGUAGGUUUGCACUGGACUGGCAUGCCUGAAGGCCCACAUACACACAUUUACACACACACACACACACACACACACACACACACACACACACACACAUAUACACGGGUCUAACAGACAGCGUCUAAGGAAGAAGUUUUACACUGUAACCAUCUCGUUCCUCUCCUCUGGACAGAAAUGAUGAGAGCGGACAUGUAAUGUAGAUGUCUAGAUUUUUAUUCUGGAAGCUUUAUCGUUUCCUGUCACAUACUCCAGUCUCCCUUAGAAGACGUACAAGUCACCGGCCCGUUGAUUUCCAUUCAUUUAAAUCUAAUUUGCACACAUUUGAGACAUUUUUAAAGCUUAUUUAUAGUUGUAAACAGACUUGUUUGUCUCUGUUUAUGAAAAAGGCCAGUAGAGAGUUGUAAAAUGUUUCAACACGUCAUGCGGUACUACACACACCAGGAGAUCAUUCUCUGUAGCUAAAGCUGCUGGAGUCAUGUUGUAGGAUGUCGUGGCGUUAAGUUGUAGAUGUUAGAUUGUCGUCAGUGCAGUGAUAACAUCUAGAUGCGUCGCAGCUCGGGCUAGGAAGGCAACCUGCCUUAUUUACAGUGUAACGUGUUUUUCCAAAGACUCCACAGCCUGCAGAGAAACAUCGCAAACUUUACAAAGGUGUUCGUCUUUGUCUUUGUGUACACGAAAAGCAACAAAAACAACGGACCCACACAUCUGCCAGACAAUAGCUGUAAAUCUUUUCAAGCCAACUGUAAGUUAUUGCAGCUAAACAAGCCAACAACGCGUUCCUGCGGAGCAGCCGGAACGCAAAAACCUCGCAUCUCCUUGUUUUCUUCGGAUAAUCGUUAGGUUCUUAAUUUGCCUGCAGAUUUUUAAAGAAACAAAAAAAAAGAUAAAAAUAAGAUUCAUAGUUCUUGUGGUGAAUGGAAAAAUGCACUACGUUAAUGUAUUUGCAGAGGAUUUAACAAAAUAUUAGUAACACUGUAUAUUGUUCAUAUGGGUUUAAAAUUUUUCUUUUUUAUUUAUUUUGUAUACAGAUCUUUAUCUCUGUUUUGCUGGAAAUCUUUGUUUUUUAUUUAUAGAAGGGGCGUCUUCUGUUUUUUUCUUUUUAUAUAGAUUUUAUUUAUGGAGAGUAAUUUAAGGGGGAAAAAAUACAAAAAAUACUGUAAGCUUGCUCACCUUCGAGUGUAUGAGAGGGAGGGGUUUGGUCUGCGACUCUUUAUCUUUGAGCAGUGGUGAGAGGAGAAUGGUUAAAGGAGGAAAAGGGUAAAUUUGGUAGUCAUCAGGUUUUGUAUUUGGAAUAUUUAAGGCAAUAACUGGUAUGGAAACAUUCUUAAAAACUACAAAGAUAAAUGAGGAUCAGGUCAGAUGUAAAAUCUAAUUUCAAUUUCAACUCACUCACCUCUCACCACUGCUUUUUCAAGAUGAACAGCCGAGCCGAGAAUUUGCCGAAUUUUUUUGUGAAAGCCAGCAGGAGCCUCAUACACAGACUUUGAUUUCCAAUCUCAGUUUCUCUCUGUUUGCACGUGUUAAUUCAGAUUGAAUGGCACCGUUUUUUUGUUGUUGAUUUUUUUUUUUUUUAAGCUAAAACCACCUCCGCUUUCUCACUGUGUCAGCUCAGACUGUUUUUAUUUUAUCUUUUUAUCUUUACUUUUUUUAAGAAAAAAAAAAAAGUCAGUGAUCUGCCGCCAAGUUAGUGUUU